AUGACGCGCGACACCGUGUACCUCGUACCCGAGCUCCUGCGCAAGCCGACGGCCUUUGCGCCGCCGACGACGCCGCCGACGUCGCCGCAGCCCAAGGACCGCCUGCGCUCGCACCUCAAGCACCGAAGGAAGAACCUGCUGGGCGACGACGACAUGAAGCGAUGCCAUGUCGUCUUCCUCGAUGGCCUCGAGGUCAACCGCUGCGUGCGGCAAGAUGACGAGUACAGCUUCAAGGAAGGCCUGCGGAAGCGCAAGAGCGCGCACUUGACCGACGACGAAGAUGACGACGGCGACAUCCGCAUGACCGACGACGACGACGAUGCGAUAGAGAAGGCCAAGCAGCACCGCCGCCCCGCGUACGGCCUCCUCUUCCUCGAACGAACAACGACGUAG